AAGCGGCGGGGCAGAGCCGGGGGCCCGGGGAGCUCCGGGGCCGCUCCCGGUGAGCUCCCGGUGCCGUUCCCGGUGCCUCUCCCAGUGAGCUCCCGGUGCCGUUCCCUCUCCCGUUCCCUCUCCCGUUCCCUCUCCCGGUGCCGUUCCCGGUGAGCUCCCGGUGCCGUUCCCUCUCCCGUUCCCUCUCCCGUUCCCUCUCCCGUUCCCUCUCCCGUUCCCUCUCCCGUUCCCUCUCCCGUUCCCCCUCCCGGUGCCGCUCCCAGUGAGCUCCCGGUGCCGUUCCCUCUCCCGUUCCCUCUCCCGUUCCCCCUCCCGGUGCCGUUCCCGGUGAGCUCCCGGUGCCGUUCCCUCUCCCGUUCCCUCUCCCGUUCCCUCUCCCGUUCCCUCUCCCGUUCCCUCUCCCGGUGCCGUUCCCGGUGAGCUCCCGGUGCCGUUCCCUCUCCCGUUCCCCCUCCCGGUGCCGUUCCCGGUGAGCUCCCGGUGCCGUUCCCUCUCCCGUUCCCUCUCCCGUUCCCUCUCCCGUUCCCUCUCCCGGUGCCGCCGCCGCCCUGCCCCGCUCAGCAGCAGCAGCAGCAGCGAAGCUUCAAAGUGAAAUUCCGGAGGAAAUUUAAAGAGCAUCCGGAUCCGGAGAAAGACAGAAAGAAAGAGGAAGGGGGAGAAGGAGGAGGAGGAGGAGGAGGCGGCGGCGAGGGAGGAUUCGCUGGACGCGGAGCGCGGCGGGGAUGGGGGAAUGAAUCCCUGCGGAGGCAGCGCCGGGAAGGAGCCUGGGAGCAGCUGAGGGAGCCCCGAGGAGGAGCUGGCGUGGAGGGGACACCCCACUAACUGCCCGGGCCUGGGGCCUCCCGUCCCCACUAACCAAUGUCAACGCCUCGGGAGCAGCCAAUCUUCAGCACCAGGGCCCACGUUUUCCAGAUCGACCCUGCCACCAAGAGGAACUGGAUCCCGGCCAGCAAACACGCCCUGACCGUCUCCUACUUCUACGAUGCCACCCGCAACGUCUACAGGAUCAUCAGCGUGGGGGGCACCAAGGCCAUCAUCAACAGCACCAUCACCCCCAACAUGACCUUCACCAAGACGUCCCAGAAGUUCGGGCAGUGGGCCGACAGCAGAGCCAACACCGUCUACGGGCUGGGCUUCGGCUCGGAGCAGCACCUGUCCCAGUUUGCAGAGAAAUUCCAGGAGGUGAAGGAAGCGGCUCGUUUGGCCAGGGAGAAGUCCCAGGAUAAAACAGAGCUGACCAACCCUGCCCUGAGCAUCACAUCCCACCAGGUGCUCCCCAGCCCCAUCAUCAGCUCCAAUGGGCCGGGAGAGGAUAAACUGUUCCGGAGCCAGAGCGCUGACGUGGAGAUCACCACGGAGAAGGAGAGGCUGAAGAAGAUGCUCUCGGAGGGCUCUGUCAGCGAGGUGCAGUGGGAGGCAGAGUUCUUCAGCCUCCAGGACAACAACAACAAGCUGGUGGCCGCCCUGCACGAGGCCAACGCCACCGUGGACCAGUGGAAGAAGCAGCUGACGGCGUACCAGGAGGAGACGGAAUCGCUGCGCCAGCGGGUGGCAGAGCUGGAGUCGCAGGGCGCCCUCGAUUCCUCCGGCGAGAGCAACAAGGAGGAGCUGAGCCAGACCCUGGAGGAGCUGGAGCUGCUGGUCAAGGCUAAAGACGAGGAGAUCCAGAUGCUGAAGAGCCAGAGGUGCGGCCGCUGGGAGGCCGAGGGCGAGCGCGAGGAGACGCUGCAGAAGCUGCAGGAGCUGGAGGCGCGGAACGCGGAGCUGGAGCGGCGCCUGAGCCUGGCGGAGCAGAGCCUGGCCCAGAGCCUGGCCGAGAGGGAGAAGCUGCACGGAGAGGUGGCCAAGGCGGCCGAGAUCAUGGACGUGAAGAUCUUCGAGCUCGGCGAGCUCAGGCAGGGCCUGGCCAAGCUGGUGGAGAGCAGCUGAGCGGUGGAGGAGCGCCGGGAGCUGGGGCAGCCCCGGGCGGGCACCGCCAGCUCCUGCGGGCCCCGGGCUGCAUUCGCCACCCCACCAGCAGCUGCCUGCACAGAGCGGACACCAGAACGGGCAGCCACUGCCCAGAGAGCCCCCAGAGCCGGGCACGCAGGACCUGGGCUCCUGAACCCUCUCCAGGGAGAUCCUGAAACCCCAAAUCUUCUCCAGAGAGCUCCUGAACCCUCUCCAGAGAGCACCUGAGCUCCUGAACCCUCUCCAGGGAGAUCCUGAAACCCCAAAUCUUCUCCAGGGAGCUCCUGAGCUCCUGAACUCUCUCCAGGGAGCUCCUGAACCCCCAAAUCUUCUCCAGAGAGCUCCUGAACCCUCUCCAGAGAGCACCUGAGCUCCCAAAUCCUCUCCAGGGAGCUCCUGAUCCCCCAAAUCCUCUCCAGUGAGAGCAUCUGAACCCCCAAAGCUUCUCCAGGGAUCUCCUGAGCCCCCAGACCCUCUCCAGGGAGCUCCUGAGCCCCCAGUUCCCCUCCAGGGAGCAGCUGCCCCCGCGGUGCCGGCUGUGCCCGUGCUGCCCUGCCACCUCCCCGCUGCCACACCGUGUCCCCGAGGUUUUUACAUUUUCGCCGAGCAGCCUCGGUGAGGGGGAGGUUUUUUUCUGUAGUUUUUUUUAUUUUUAGGAAACCACUUGCCUUUUGCAAAUCGGCUGCCUGUGUUCCCCCCAAGCUGGGGAGGGGUUUGGCACAGCCAGGAUGAGUUUUCCUUUUCCUUUUCCUUUUCCCAGUCCUGUUUCCAGCAGGAUCCGGUCGCUGGGAAUUCUCAGGAGCAUCCCAAGGUCCCAGAGAUGGGAGCUCCCCUGACCCCGCUGCUCCUCCAGAGGGAAAAACCAAAACGGCGGGGUUCUAAAGCCUGGAUGGGCCGAACGCAGCGGGGUUCAAUGACUGCUGGAAACUUCGGAGCGGAGCAGAGGCCGGGGAAUUUGGUGAAUUUGGGAAAUGGGACAUCCCCUCAGGGCACGGCCACCGAGCCUCUCCUGGCCUCUGAGGGCUGCAGUUAAUUGAAAUUAAAUGGAGCAAAUCGCA